CAAAGUUGGACACCCUCGUCUAGUCUCCUCACACGAAAACCUCUCUCUCUGAUGGUUAUAAAUUUGAGAAGCCAAACUGCUGCCUUUUUGGUUUUACGAGGAACGCCCCCAAGUUCCCCGGCAUUCUUCUUCUCUCUUCUCCUCUUCCCAGCCAACCAAAAGAUGCAAACAAGCAGGAGCCCGCGGACAUCAGGUCUUUGGCUUCUCUGACUUGUCUCUUACCUUCUUUACCUGAUCGACAACGAAAGAUUUUCAACCUUCCUCAAUUUUACCAUCAUCUCCUCUGGAUUCAUUCCUAUUUUCAGAGUUGUGGAUUGGAUUUUGGUCCGGUGACUGGACGGCGGAGCAAUGCGGACCGACGGAAGGAAGAUUUCCAAGCCCUCGUGGCCGAAAGUAGUGGCGAGGAAAUGGCUCAACAUACCAAGCAAAGGGGACGAGUUUCAUUCCGAUUACUCUCCGAAAUACGAGACUGGGAGAAGGAAGAGCUGCUCGGACCAAGACCGCUAUGUCAGCGUACCGGACGAUUUUUCAGAUGGGUGUACCUUGGUGGGGAAAACAACACAUAGACCGAGUUUUGGGAUGGAGACAUCAACUUUCACCAAUGAUCUCAAUCUCAAAAUGUUCGUGGGGACAUGGAAUGUUGGAGGGAAAUCACCCCACGAGGGCUUGAACAUGGGGGAGUGGCUGAAGUCCCCUUCUCCCGCAGACAUCUAUGUUCUUGGGUUCCAAGAAAUUGUCCCUUUGAAUGCCGGUAACGUAUUGGGUGCGGAGGACAAGGCCCCAGCUGCCAAGUGGGUGACGCUUAUUCGUGAAGCAUUGAACAAGAAUGACUCUGGACUUUCGCAUUAUUACAGCAGUGCCACCCACACAGAACAUUCUUCACAGCUUGACCAGCAAUGCAAGCCUAGGCUCAGCUUCUCCGACUUGCUUUCGUUAGAAGACGAGCUUAGCGAUGCGGACUUUGAAAGACUUCUGAAUUUGAAUCCAGCAUCGACUUCAAGUGGAGAAAACUCACCAGCGUCGCCAUUGAUGUGUCCAUGGAAGGGCAAUAGUCCAAGGCAAGGACAUCGUUAUUGCCUAUCAGCAAGCAAGCAGAUGGUUGGAAUAUUUUUGUGCGUGUGGGUUCGUGCAGAUCUUUGUAGACACAUUAGCGACACGAAAGUGUCGUGUGUCGGUACAGGCAUAAUGGGAUACCUUGGAAACAAGGGUUCAGUAUCAAUCAGCAUGACGUUGCACGGAACAACAUUUUGUUUCGUGUGUGCACAUUUGACCUCUGGGGAGAAAGAAGGGGAUGAGAUGAGAAGGAACUCAGAUGUCAUGGAAAUCUUAAAGAAAACAAGCUUUUCUCAUUCAUGUAGAAUAAGGGGACAACUGCUUCCUCCUGAUAGCAUUAUAGACCAUGACAAGGUUAUUUGGCUUGGGGAUUUAAAUUAUCGGCUGGCAACUGCUUGCUGCAGUGACACACAUGAACUACUAAAGAAGCACGAUUGGCAGGCACUUCUUGAGAAGGAUCAGCUAAUUUUAGAGCAGCAAGCCGGUCGAGUGUUUAAAGGGUGGGAGGAAGGGAGGAUAUAUUUUGCUCCAACCUACAAAUACCUGGCUAAUUCUGAUCAUUACGUUGCCCAAUCUUCCAACUCCAGAGAGAAGAAACGCACUCCUGCUUGGUGUGACAGGAUUUUAUGGAAGGGGGAAGGGCUUAAACAAAUGUGUUACAUGAGAGGGGAGUCGAAAUUCUCAGACCACAGACCAGUUUAUUCGUUGUUUUCAGUCCGAUUAGACUGGGCUGCCAAGAAAAAGCCCAACUCUUGCGUGCUCAAGUCAUCGGCCAAAGUGCAGGCAGAAGAGCUUUUGCUACUCACCAGAGCCAAAAGCUUAGACACCAUCUCAAGGUUCUGAUUUAAUUACUGCCAAACACAGCCCACAUUUUUGAAGACCAGAAGCAGAAGCUGGUGUUUCUGGCUUUUUUUGACAGUUGUUGGGACUGAAAUAUUAAGCUCACAAAGGCAUGCUUAAAUUUUUGAAGGCAUGAUGAUGAUGAAGUUUGAGUUGUAGUGGAGCAGAGAAGCAGAAACACAUAAACUGCUAAGGACUGGGGAAAGUGGGGAUGGUGAGUGAAAGCAGCUUCUGCGAAAAGUUGAAUUGUAAGUGGUUAAUCAGCUUUUUGCAGAAGAAUGCAUCUUUGUUUGAGAUUAAGCAGGGGGAGAGGGAACAGAGAGAGGAGGUUUAUUAAGAGUUGAAAUGUGUAGAAAAAAGGACAGUUUUGAAUGAAUGUUUAUGUUAAGGGAACUGGGGGUAGUGGCUUUGUAGUAGUGUCUUUGCUC